AUGGUGGCAAACUUGCUUGAUAGUGUUAUUCAAAAAGAGACGAAGAUAUGGUUUUUUUAUAUUAUAAUUUCAGAGCCUACAUGUCAGAACUGGUAUGUUACAGUAUCAGUUCAUCACCUCUUUCCGUUGGAUGACGUGGCAUGGACAUCUGAUGUUCAUUUGAUGCUCCACAACAAUAACAACAAAUGUUUGAGAUCAGGAAAAACUCAUCCAAGUUUUGAUCACCGUGGUCUACGUUUUGAUGGCUCGUCAUAUUCCAGUUUAAAGCUGACAAUAAACAGUAGUGAUUUAACAGGAGACUUUUCCCUUAUGACUUAUAUUUAUUUUCAGAACUACUCGUCUGGAAAAAUAAUUCAAAUUUUAUCCUCAUCGGGAAACACUGUUCUAGAAUUAAUACACACAGGCACGGGUGUUUAUUUCGAAGCAUUUACAACAAGUUCUUCGUGUGCCCUUUCACAUAUCACUACAAAUAUCAAUUUCAAUUCGUGGAUUCUGUUGGGAAUACUGAGGGAAACAAACCAAUUACUGGUGUCGAUUGAUGACAGUAUUUUUCAUAUUCCUGAUACUUGCGGUUCAUUUGGAUUAUCUGGCAAUGCCUACAUUGAAAUAGGUAAUUCUGAGAGAGGGAGUAUUGGAUUUCGUGGUAGCAUGAGAUGUCUUGUUCUUUUCAACGAAUUACUCGAUACUAAUGUUGGAAGUACUAUGAAACAUUAUUGUACAUCAGCACAAUCGGAUGCUGUAGCAAAUGUUAUCAACAAUUGUGCUCUACAGCCUUUAUGUGAGAGAAAAUACCUGCUCUUAAGACAUAAUAUGAAGCCA